AUGGAGAAUCAGAUGACCCAAAUUGCCCAACAAAUAAGCCACCUCUCUAAACCUUCAGGCCAACUUCCUGGGCAAACUGAACCAAAUCCUAAGGGGCAUAUCAAUGCCAUUUCAUUGAGGAGCGGUAAAGAACUGCAAGAGCCUACAAGGAGGGUAACUGAGCAAAGAAACACUGCAAAAGAGGUUAUAGAGUUGAGUGAGGAAGUUCAAGAGAAGAUGGGUUUGGAAGAUGAAGCUAAGAAGACUGAGAAGGAGGAACCCACUGUCAUUCCUAUUGAACCAUACAAGCCACCUGUUCCGUUCCCUCAAAGAUUGGCACAGAAUAAGCUUCCAGAAAAGCUAGGAGAUCCGGGCAGCUAUUCCAUUCCUGUCAAGCUUGGAGAUAUUGCUAUCAAGAAUGCUUAUCAACUCAACAUGGGCGAACUAAAACCCACACGCAUCUCUCUACAACUAGCUGACAGGACAGAUGAAGUUUCCACUUGGUAUCUUGAAGAUGUUCCUCUUCGAGUGGGUAAAUUCUUUAUUCCCUGUGAUUUUGUCGUCAUGGAGAUGAAGGAGAUGCACAAGUUCCCAUCUUUCGGGAGACCCUUUUUGGCCACUGCUGGAGCCAUUAUUGACAUGAAGAAGGGUAAGAUCACUUUGAAGUAG